AAACUGACUUUCUCUAAUUAUUUUCCAUAGAUUCUUUAUUGUCACACUGAAAAGAAAUCUUUGCCGAUAUUCCUUAAUCUUUUACUUUAAAUUUUACCAAUUUGCUGGAAAUUGUGAAAGAACUAAGUAAUAUUGGGGGCAACAAAAAUAAGGCUCUAGGGAUCCCUACAAAAUAUUGCUUAUUGCUGCUUGGAACCAUGUUGGAACUAAUGACAUGGCGGGUGUUAGGUCCGAUGUUGUUGUCGUUGGUUCCUGCUUCGUUGAUAUGAUCAGUUAUGUUCCUUAUUUUCCAAAAUUUUAUGAGACAGUUAAGGGAACAAAAUUUCAAUUGGACUUUGGUGGAAAAGCAGCUAAUCAGUGUGUGAUGGCCCAAAAGCUUGGAGCAAACACUGUUAUGGUCGCUAAAAUUGGCAGCGAUCAGUUUGGGAAAGACACGAUUCAGAAUUUUAAGAAGUUUGGGGUGAACACUGAUUUUAUUUCGGUAACUGAUAAAGCAGAGACAGGUAUUACUAGCAUAGCUGUGAACAGUUCUGGUGAACCAGCAUUUAUCAGCCUUGCAGGAGCAAACAGACAUCUCACUGUAGAAGACAUAAUGGCUGCAGAAACUGUUAUUCAGUCUUGUCCAGUCAUGGUAUGCGACAAGGGAAUACCUCUCAAGAUUGCUAUGGAAGCAUUAGAGUAUGGAAAAAAACUAGGCACUAGGACAGUAUUCAAUCCUUCACCUAAAUUGGAAUCAAUACCACAAGCUGUGUACACAAACACUGAUGUUUUAGUACUUAACAGAGAGGAGGGUGAAAGCUUAACAGAUAUCUCUGCAAAUGACUUUGAAGGAGUUAAAAGGGUCAUUGUUAAACUUCACCAGCAGGGUACUUCACAUGUAGUGUUAACUCUUGGAUCAGAGGGCGCUAUCUCUUCUGAAAUGACUCCAGAACAUAAAAAUCCAGUGAUGGCACACAUUAGAACAUCAAAAGUGGAUGUUGUGGAUACAACUGGUGCUGGUGAUGCCUUAACAGGAGCACUAGCAUUCUUCCUGUCAUGUUAUCCUCAACUCUCAUUCGCCGAGAUGGUGUCCAGGGCAGUAAAUAUUGCGACAGUCACCGUGACAGUGCAUGGUGUUCAGUCCAGUUAUCCCACAAGAGAAGAACUAGAUGACUGGUUAUUUGAUAUUGAUGCAAAACCAUCUGAACAAUUACAUCUUGAAAUUCUGAGUGGUGAGAACUUAGAACAAGAAGAGACCUAAACCAAAGUCAAAGAGCGCACCUAUUGCAGUGGUGCCAGUUGACACUUUUUGUAAUGUUCAAAUACAGACGUCUUGCGAUCAAGGCCUUAAGCAGCCACGUUAAUAUGCAUUCAUAGAAAACAAGAUCUACAUGCACUGGCUGGCAUACACACCAUCUUACUAUCAAUUAGCUUUGUGAACUUCAUGUUACCUUGCCUAUUGUAUUUGUUAAUCCGAAAACUUACAGUGCAAAAUCAUCUGUGCUGCUGUGCUGAGACUUUCGAACAGAGUCUAUUGACAUUAGCAGGGACUAGGGGUAGCUCUUUUUUGAGAUUUUUUUUAAGCAUUAAAGAUUUUAAAUAUGUUACAGUAAGUGUGCUUUUUACACUUCAAGUCAAAUAAAUUUAUACAAGAAUUGAGAAGUGCCCCAUCCUGAAAAUACAAUUUUGAGCUUUUCAACCCAGUCUCACUCACAAUACUUAUUACUGUGUGCCACUCCGAUAAUGCUGCUCUAGGUCAUCAUUAAAAUAAUUUAUUAUAGAUGGCCAUCAUUACAUGUAAUGUAAAUUUCAAAAUUUAAACAGACCACUGUACCAGAAAUGUAGCCAAGUCUCUGCUUGAAAGCAAGCUUUGAGUUGACCUUGUGGUGAUAGAGUCUAGAAACUAGUUAGCAUAUUAAAUACCCCGGGGGAG